CCGCCUGUAGCCCGCCGGCCCGCGCAGCACGUGGUGCCCUCCGCCCGCCCGGCCUACACUACUGUGGCGCCAUGGCUCCUCGCGGGAGGAAGCGCAAAGCGGAGGCCUCGGAGGUCGGCUCCGCGGGGAAGCGGGAGGAGCUGGCUGACAGUGGGGCGGGCGCGGCGGAGGUCCAAGUGGUCAUCGAGCACUGCACCAGCUGACGCGUGUACGCGCGCCAGGCCGCGGCGCUGAGCCAGGCGCUGCGCGAGGCGGCCCCGCAGCUGGCGGUGGCGCUGAACCCGGCGCGGCCGCGGAGAGGCAGCUUCGAGGUGACGCUGCGGCGCGCGGACGGCAGCAGUGCCCCGCUCUGGACCGGAAUUAAGAAGGGACCACCGCGCAAACUCAAGUUCCCGGAGCCGCAGGCGGUGGUGGAGGAGCUGAGCAAGCACCUUCCGUAAGGCGCGGCCGGAGACCCACGCUGAGCGUUUCUGUCCCUGGUGCUGUUGGAGCGUCUGUGACGGGACAUGGCCAAACUUCAGUCAUGGACCUGAAACCACGGUCUCUUUCACUCCAGAAGCGAGCGUUCUUGUGCGGCGGCCCCGAGCGGUACGGGUCGGGGACUGGCUUAAUAAAAGGUGAAAUAAAG